UUUCUCCUUGGACUUGGAUCCAGUUCCUUGAACUCUCGGCAGGCCCCAUCGUGCGGCGAAAACACGCGGCAUACUGCAACAACAGUGACAACGAAACCUUCGAAAUCUCUUCCUUCGUUCCGAUGUAACAGUAGCAGUAAAAUAGAAGAGAAGUGAAACGGACUGCAGACGUGAACACACAAAAAAAUCGGAAGUUUGAAGAGUUAUCACCGGGAUCUCGAGUGUUCGUAGUAACAAGUCUCGGCCGUUGCGAGUCUAUACUCUUUUUUCAUGCCAGUCAAGUGUUUGGAAUAAAUUAGAAAUAAUAAAAAAAAGUGCAACGACUGAACAAACGCGAAGUCUGACUAGUUUAGUGUUUGGUGGUGCAAAAGCAAGCAUCAGCGAAGCAUAGCAAAGGCGCAUAGAUUCAUCUUCCUAUCUAGUGCACGCGAUAGCAGGGCAGCAGUUGCGGCAGCAGUGCGCGGUGAUCCAGUUCCCGGAACGAUGUGGAAGUCGGUAGCAGUAAUACUGGUGGCGGCGGCGGCGCUUCUCCUGAUCGAGGCCAGCUAUGCAAAAGAAUCAACAUCCGCCCUGGUAGACACAGACUCCGCCAAUCGACAAAACAAAGCCAUUUCGACGCACUGCCCACGAUCAUGUCCGCUGGCGACGACCCCCCAGGAGGCAGUCUGUGGCUCGGACGGGCUGAUCUAUGCCAACAGUUGCGAGAUGAAGAAGAAAACCUGUACCAAAACGGCGCCCAAUACUGUGACAGAGGACAAGAAGGGCUGCGAGCGAUCCCAGGGCUCCCAGUGUGCCCAUCGGUGUCCAACGGAGAAGGAUCUGGUGUGCGGAACGGACGGUCGAACGUAUCUUAACCGGUGUAUGCUGCGGGUUCAGGCGUGCCGCGUCGGAACUGCUGCCGUUGCAUUGGCCCAUGUCGGGCCAUGCGCCAACGGGAGUGUCAUCCGAGAAUCCUGCCCCGUAGAUUGCAACAGCGCCCCUCAGGAUGGACCGGUUUGCGCGUCUGACGGAAAUGUGUACAAUUCCACCUGCCAGAUGAAGCUGAUGACCUGCGGACAAGGUGUGGUUAGAACCAGCCGGAAGCACUGCCAAAGCACUCGAAACUGCCGCGAAUCUUGCUGGAGAGUGGCUCGACCCACCUGCGGUUCAGAUGGCCGUUUGUACGCCAGCGCCUGCAAGAUGCGAUCGUCCAACUGUGGUAAGCACGUAUUCGAAGUUCCCAUCUCGUACUGCAUGUCCCAGGAACGAGCCGGGGGAAGCUCGAUGGCUGCCACCAACAAGAUCGAAGACUGUCCGACAGAGUGUUCCCGUGAAGCCCAGCAGAUGAUUUGCGGCAACGAUGGCAACGUGUACAGUUCGAUUUGCGAACUGAAAAUGCUCAACUGUGGACAACGCAAAAAAAUCCAGGCCGUUUCGAUCGAUCGUUGCAAGCAGAAAAUGAGCCGUUGCAAAUCAAUUCCGGCCUGUAAGCAUCACAGCAAAAAUUCAAUUUCAAUGUUCGGCGAUCAAAAGGAUCUGCUGUGUGGAACCGACUCGCGGACGUACCACAACGAGUGCGAACUGGCAAGGGCGACCUGUUUACGCGGCGUCCAGUUGGCCCACAUCGGCGCUUGCACCCAGCUGAAGACCAAAACAGACAGUAACGUUUGCACGAUGUGCACCUACGAAGAGGAACAGCUCGGUCCGAUUUGCGGCUCCGACGGUAACACCUAUCGGUCGAAGUGCGAACUGAAGCAGAAAACCUGCGGACUGCGGGUCGUGCCGGUGUCGCUGAAGAACUGUGCCACCACCGCUGCCUGCGAGGCUAGCUGCGAAUCCGUUCCAACAAACUACAUCUGCGGCUCGGACAACAAACUCUACCCGAACGAGUGCUUCAUGCGACGGGAGAACUGCGGCAAGCACAUGUUCAUCGUGCCGAUGAAGCGCUGUCUGGCGGCGUUCACCUUUAAGGGUUGCUCCCGCAUCUGCCCGCAGGAGUUCGAACCGGUGUGCGGCACCGACGGUAAAACCUACUCCAACGAGUGCUUCCUCGGUAUUGAAAAUUGCCGGUCUCGAUCCCAGGUGCAAAAGAAACACAUCGGACCUUGCGGCCGACCCGAAGAACCGUCACACAACUAUCUGUACUGAAAAGGCAUCCUGAAAGCAUGCCUUCCAUCCGAAUGCCACACAGACACACACAAAUAAGUCAUAAUACUAAUGACUUCUUCUCUUUUCACCGAAAAAAAAAACCUAACCCACUAGAAAACCACAUUGCCACAAGCUGCCCUUAUCUUUUACUGUCUAUAGCUUUGAGGGCUGUUUAGAAGUUAGUAUCGUAAUUUAAAAUAAUUGUUCUAAAGUAACCCGCCAAAAGGACCCCGCACGGGAGGGCUGCACGUAUUGCAGCAUUAAACUGCCACUAUUUUUCGAUAGCAAAGAACUGAGAAAAAUAAGACUUUUGUUGAUAGAAACGCGGUUAACAAAUUUUUCGUCAAAUUUACACUUCCAAACGUUAGAAGUUCAUCUUAUCCCUAUUUUCCAUCUCCUUUUUAAUUAUUUUUUUAAUAAAACACUCAAACAGGCCAUUCGAAAAGCCACGCGGGGCCUGCGGAUCUUUUAGUAGUUCAAAUGCUAAGUUUUAGUUUUUAGAUGACAAUUGUAAAAAGCAAAAAAACCUUUCAUUGUUUUUUAACAAGUAUAAUUUUGUAGUCAAACAAACAUACGUUCGCUCAAGUACUAAACGAAGAAAAAAAAACGACAGCAAAAGCAUCAUGUAGUUUAUUGCCUGACCGGAAGCAAGAACAUUGCGGCAUCUCUCGAUUGGAUGAGUGAAGUUGCAGAACGAACAAAAAAAACCGAAUCAAAAAAAAUGAAACUUAAUUUAUUAAAUUUAUAGAGCGUAGGUUAACACAUAUCCCAGCAAAAAUGUUUGUUUUGUUGACAGAAACAUGCUCGAAUCCAUUAACGGUAAGCGAUAAGCCGCGCGUUGGAAAUGGCAAGCAGCAUUUUUAAACGCCAAGCAAAUCAUUCGUGGGAAAGCUGUAACAACGUAGUGUAGCGCAAGAUGGCAUAAUUCGCUUUUCUAUGUAGGAAUAUUAAUUUUGCCGAAACUACAAUAAAACCGAUUAUGGAAAACCAA